AAAAUAUGUUUAUCACCUUCUCCCUUUUCUUUCAAUACUGAGUACUAUACUUUGAGUAAUAUGAUCACUUCUUACAAAGAAUUUACAUUUGCCAUACCAUAUGUUACCUGAAAAUGAACUGUACUUAAAAUAACUUGAAAUGAUUGGCUUAGUCACAAAUAGGCCUUGUGGACUGGUGAAGUGAUUUUUUAGGUUAAAUAAAAAUUCCAAAUGCAUCCUUCCUUAUCUUCCCCUCCAGUCAUUUCUAUAAUUUCUGAAGUAUAUCUCUUCCAGCCCUAACACAUUUAGUAGUUUAAUCAUUUAUUUUUCUGAGUUUAUUUAUUAAUUUAUUUAUUUUUAGAAGGAUGUCUGGGCACCUGGAAAUUGUUAAGAGUCAUCAUUUCAAGAUCUUUUCUCUAUAUGUUAUGUCCUGUCAGUAGGGAAGUUUUAAAAUUGUUGUUGCAAUUGUGAUUCAUCUGAGUAAAUGAAUAAUAGUAUCUAGCUUUAUAUUAAGGCAUUGAUAAAACUAUUAGCUUUAAGACUAGAGGGAAUUUUAUUUCUCUAAGUUAUAGUACUGGCCUGAAGGAAUAAAUAAGAAUAUAUGUUCUAAGUAAUUUACUGCUUAGAUUUGCUAUUAGUGAUGAGAACUGCCUCCUAUUUUUUAGAACCAUCUUUCAGGAUACUGCUUAAUAUAUGUGGUGAAUAACUAAAUCAAUUAAUGUAGGUUUUCACAAUAUGGGUAUAUGCAAUAUUAGUGACAAACAGAUUCUUUCUCUAAUAGAUUUUGCUGAAAUUUUGUGUGCCUGCUUAUUUAUACCACAAUAUAGUAGAGGCAGUAUCUAUUGGCAUAGCAUUUAAUAUUUAAGUGUUUGCCUUUUAUUGCUUGAUAUAUCUUCUUGCUCUGCAGAGAACAGCACUCUUCUGCUUAUUCCUCCAAUUGAAUGAUCACUAAGUACAGGAAAUUGGUUUUGUCUACAAGGUAGCAAGAUGUUUGAAUGAGUUAGUAACACAGGGAAUGUAAUUCAAGGUUAGAUUUCGUUGCUCUAUUUCAGGAGUUAGUAACAGGGAAUGUAAUUCAAAGUUAGAGUUCAUUGCUCCAUUUCAGGUUUUGUGGUUGGUUGUUUUAAGGAUAAGGAGAUGGGGCAAGUUCCAAAUAGUAAAAGGAGUCAAGUUUUGCUUUAAGAGAUUUGUUUGUUCUUGAUUUUUUUUUUUAAUGCUCUCAGACACACUUGUCAGUCCAGUCAGCACAAUAAAAGAAAAAAAUCAAUUUGCUAAAUUCAUCACACUUUUCUUGUGUGUAUUGGGAUUUGGGACAUGUCCAAGGAUGUGAUUCUUCACCUUGUGUUGUUUGUCUUUCCUUACAACUAUGACCAUUUAAACCUCACCCAUAUUUUUAGUCUUACCCCAUUCCAAGGACAAAUCUUAAGUUAAGCAGGAAUGAUUUUAAGAACUCAGGGCAGAUAAUAAGUCUAAAACAGUAAUAUGAGUUACUGAGCAAUAAUUAUGUUGGGGGCUUUAUAUAUUCUCAAUUAAUCCUCACAUUGACCCUACAAAUUAGACAUCAUUCCUCCAAAUGCACACAUGAGGAAAUUAUUUCUUAGGAAUCCAUACUGUGCAUUUGGGAACAUUGAAAGGAUAGCAGGACACGACCAUCUUGGAAGACAAUUUAGUAUUUUCAGUCAUGCAAAGGAGCCAAUAUUUUAAAUCAAUAGUUCAAAUGACAGCAUAUGAGGAUGGAUUUCUAUGGUAUAUUCUAUGAUAUAUAUAUAUAUGCAUAUAUGUGUAUAUACACACCCACAUAUAUAUCUCAAAAUGUAUUUUUAGGAACAGUGAAAAAGAUACAAAGAUUAUAUACCAAAUCAUUAACCUUGGAUAGUAUAAUAUUAGGAUUAAAGGGUUAGGUAUACUUUCAUAUUACUUUGUAGACUUAAUUUUUUAUCAAAUAGGGUAUUAAGUUUGAAAUUUAGUAGAAAAGUUUGUUCUCUGGCUGACAUACUAUUGCCAUGAUUUGUCAUCCAGGAAACAAACUUCAACCAUAAAUCAUAUAAAUAGAUAUCUUAGCUUUACUAAUAUUUUACAAUUAUAAAGAAUUACCCACUUCUCAUUUAAAAAAACAGAUUUUCAUGAUCAACAACAUAAUGCAAAAGAAAACUUGAAGAACAACCACAGUUUACCUUUGAUAUUAUUCAAAAUCAUUUGGUUGAAAGGCUAAGACAUAAAUCAAAUAUAUAUUUUCUAGAACAUACUAUUUUUUUCAUUAUGCACUUAACAUUUACAUAUUUUUAUAGCUCUAUUUGUAUAGAAAUCAUAGUGUUUAUUAUUGAUGGCUUUCUCUUUGCUGUCCUCAUAAACGUAAUCCCUGGUAGCUUAGCACCCGUGAGUAACCUAGCAACAAAUCUACUCUCUAGCAAGUAAAAAAUAAAUGCAAACAAACUGUUAUGGAAAAAGCAUAGAGUUUAAGAAUAUCAUUGUAUGCAUAUUAUUAAAUAUCAAGAUACAAAGUUCCAAUUUUUGAGAAAUUGCAUGACAGUUUGGUUACAAAAGUACGGCUACCUUCCACCAACUGACCCCAGAAUGUCGGUGCUGCGCUCUGCAGAGACCAUGCAGUCCGCCCUAGCUGCCAUGCAGCAGUUCUAUGGCAUUAACAUGACAGGAAAAGUGGACAGAAACACAAUCGACUGGAUGAAGAAGCCUCGAUGUGGUGUACCUGACCAGACAAGAGGUAGAUCCAAGUUUCAUAUUCGUCGAAAGCGAUAUGCAUUAACAGGACAGAAGUGGCAGCACAAACAUAUCACUUACAGUAUAAAGAACGUAACUCCGAAAGUAGGAGACCCUGAGACCCGUAAAGCUAUUCGCCGUGCCUUUGAUGUGUGGCAGAAUGUAACUCCUCUGACAUUUGAAGAAGUUCCCUACAGUGAAUUAGAAAAUGGCAAACGUGAUGUGGAUAUAACCAUUAUUUUUGCAUCUGGUUUUCAUGGAGACAGUUCUCCCUUUGAUGGAGAGGGAGGAUUUUUGGCACAUGCCUAUUUCCCUGGACCAGGAAUUGGAGGAGAUACCCAUUUUGACUCAGAUGAGCCAUGGACACUAGGAAAUCCUAAUCAUGAUGUUGACUUGAAGAUCAUAUCACAAGAUGAAGGAAAUGACUUAUUUCUCGUAGCAGUUCACGAACUGGGACAUGCUCUGGGACUGGAGCAUUCCAACGACCCCACUGCCAUCAUGGCUCCAUUUUACCAGUACAUGGAAACAGACAACUUCAAACUACCUAAUGAUGAUUUGCAGGGCAUCCAGAAGAUAUAUGGUCCACCUGACAAGAUCCCUCCACCUACAAGACCUCUACCGACAGUGCCCCCACACCGCUCUAUUCCUCCGGCUGACCCGCGGAAAAAUGACAGGCCAAAACCUCCUCGGCCUCCCACCGGCAGACCCUCCUAUCCUGGAGCCAAACCCAACAUCUGUGAUGGGAACUUUAACACUCUAGCUAUUCUUCGCCGUGAGAUGUUUGUUUUCAAGGACCAGUGGUUUUGGCGAGUGAGAAACAACAGGGUGAUGGAUGGAUACCCCAUGCAAAUUACUUACUUCUGGCGGGGCUUGCCUCCUAGUAUCGACGCAGUUUAUGAAAACAGUGAUGGGAAUUUUGUCUUCUUUAAAGGUAACAAAUAUUGGGUGUUCAAGGACACAACUCUUCAACCUGGUUACCCUCAUGACUUGAUUACUCUUGGAAGUGGAAUUCCCCCUCACGGUAUUGAUUCAGCUAUUUGGUGGGAGGACGUUGGGAAAACCUAUUUCUUCAAGGGGGACAGGUACUGGAGAUAUAGUGAAGAAAUGAAAACCAUGGACCCUGGCUAUCCCAAGCCAAUCACAGUCUGGAAAGGGAUCCCUGAAUCUCCUCAGGGAGCAUUUGUGCACAAAGAAAAUGGCUUUACGUAUUUCUACAAAGGAAAGGAGUAUUGGAAAUUCAACAACCAGAUACUCAAGGUAGAACCUGGAUAUCCAAGAUCCAUCCUCAAGGAUUUUAUGGGCUGUGAUGGACCAACAGACAGAGUUAAAGAAGGACACAGCCCACCAGAUGAUGUAGACAUUGUCAUCAAACUGGACAACACAGCCAGCACUGUGAAAGCCAUAGCUAUUGUCAUUCCCUGCAUCUUGGCCUUAUGCCUCCUUGUAUUGGUUUACACUGUGUUCCAGUUCAAGAGGAAAGGAACACCCCGCCACAUACUGUACUGUAAACGCUCUAUGCAAGAGUGGGUGUGAUGUAGGGUUUUUUUUCUUUCUUUCUUUUCCAGAAGUUUGUGGUAACUUGAGAUUCAAGACAAGAGCUGUUAUGCUGUUUCCUAGCUAGGAGCAGGCUUGUGGCAGCCUGAUUCGGGGCUGACCUUUCAAACCCAGAGGGUUUCUGGUCCUGCACAUGAGUGGAAAUACACUCAUGGGGAAGCUUCCAUGAUGCACAGUAUCUGCUGUUCUUCAGUCCUUUGUCUUUCUUUGUCAUUCAGUUCUAGGCCUUUCCUCUGCACGCUCAAUGCCCAGUAAAAUUUCAGGAUUAACUAAAGAAGAGGAAAAAAAAGAAGAAAAGAUUCUUCUUAAAGGUUUCUAAUAUUAUUUUCCUUCUGAAAUCUGAGCCCAUUUCUGGGGGGAAAAAAAAAGCA